UUUUAACUGAGAUUAUUUCUACUUCUAUAAGCUCUAAACUAGAUGAUUCCUCUAUAUUUGUUGCUGCUGUUGUUGCCUCUGCUGUUUUGGCUGUUGCUGUUUUUGUUGCUGCUGUUUUUGUUGCUACUGUUUUUGUUGCUGCUGUUUUUGCUAUUGCUGUUGUUGCUGCUGCUGUUUUUGUUGCUGCU